AUGGCCUGGUUUAUCACCAGAUCUCACAAGGCGCCACCGAUAUUCAAUGUUCCGGCUGCAAAUUUCCGGGCUCCGGCAACGUCUACGCGUGUUGGCAAUGCAGUUAUUUUCCUACACGAACAAUGCUUUCAGGCAAGCCGAUCUUUGAAACAUCCUUCCCACAUUGCUCAUCCUUUGGUGUUAGCCCCAUUCCCUACUUACCCUACAAAUUCUUUCCAUUGCGACUCUUGCAGUCACAUUGGAUAUGGCUUUUCUUAUUGCUGUUAUGAAUGCGAGUUCGACCUUCAUAUCCACUGUGCUUUAAAAUCCAAUCCAAUUCCUUCUCCCCUGCCUAAAAAUUCCUCUGUUUCUCCUUAUCCUGACUUAUUGAAUUUAAGUCUUGGAAGAAACAAAGAUUCCAAUUCUCAACCUGAUGCAGUUCCAGCGCAACAAACUCAGAACAUUAACCACAAUGCCAACUUUCCUCCGUCUUAUCCCCCAUUAACACCCACUGGCGGCUAUUUCCAAUCGGUCCAGCAUACUAAUACUAACCCGAGUUCUGUUCCAAAUGAUUCCCUUGUCUUUCAAAACUAUCCUGACUCAAUCCCACAAAAUGUUACUCCGAAUCCUCUACUAUACGCCCCGAAUCCUCUGUCUACUACUACUCCAGUAACUUUGCCGAAUGCCUAUCUUCCUGAAGUCAAUAUGCAGCAAUAUCCUCCAACUGAAAGUUCUUCAGCCGGGAUUAAUUUGCCGGAGUCAGCAAGUAGUUGCAUCCAAGAAAAAUCUCUACCCAAUCCGUUACCUGCCCCGAGUCCGAUUUCAUCAACGAGUAAUCCUUCAAAAGAUGAGGAGAUAAAGCAUUUUGGCCAUCCAUGA